AUGUUAUCAGAUGAUGCCAACGAUAUAACAAUAUACUUGAUGUAUUUUUGUGGAGGGUGGAUUAUUUUUUGGUGCAUCUUAACUAUUCUUGUCAACAUUUGCCAUGGAAAUAAAGGUCAACAUCGAUUCAUACAUUUUUAUGAAGAACUUGCGAUCAUUUUGGUGGCAGUUUGUACGUGCAUUUUGAAUUUUGCGUUUGCAAGAAAAACGAAGCCUUGUAAAAUUAUUGCAAUUCUAAUUCAAUUUUUUAUGACCCUUGCUUGCGCCAUCUUUUUCAUGGAAUCAAUUUUUGCUUCAUCAAUGGUACAUGGAAAAUCGGAUAAGAAUGGAUCACUUCAUUGGAUUUUCAAUCUGGUUAUCCCAAUUAUUUUGGCAGUAAUUCCAACACUUGCCACAUUUUUUGCUGAUGAUACUUACUACGGAAACUCGGGAAUACAUUGUUUCGUUGUUUCAACAGUUGAUACGGUAUGGGGAUAUAUUAUCCCGUUAUGGGUGAUUCUGGCAUUUUGUGCAUUAAAAGCCCAAUUGGCGUGUAUUGCUUGUGACAAACAACAAGAUUCGCAGGAUGAGAAACAAUGUUAUUGGGGAAGACGAUCAGUAAAAUCUUUGGUGUUGAUUUCAUAUUUUCUAUUCUCCAUUUGGCUAAUGAUUCUAUAUUCAGCUGAACAUCAGAGAAUGUUCCUAUUUGUUAUUACAACCGUUCUCGUUUUAAUUUUCGGUCCAACGCUUUUCAUCAUUCAUACGUAUUGUCAUAUGAAUACGUGUCAGAAGUGGUCUGGAAGCGGCUGUUUCAGUUCAUUAUAUGCAAUGUGUCCUCCUAGAAAGAUUCCAGAGCCUCAAAAAGAGCCGAAUGAGUCUUUGCAUAAUUCUUUCGAAAAUGAAGACCCGCCAAAAUCAGACGAAUUGGAGGAUGUGGAACCAGAAAAUGAUCAACCUAAGGAGAAACUUGCUUCUCCGAAAAUACCAAAGCAAAACUAUGCUGCUGAGUCAUCAGAGAAUAUCAUUCCGGUUCGAACAUCGUUUUAG